UGCCCCAGCCCAGCAGCACUCAGGCAGACGAAGCUGGCACCUCGCACACCUCUGCCACAGUGUCAGCUCUGUCAUCCGACGAGGCGAUAGCCAACCCACCAGCAUGCCCUGGGCAUUGCUGCUGAGAUGGUCACCCUGGGGACGGCCUGGUGUGAAAGCCUUGGUCGCUGCUGGGGUGUUUGUAACCACGCUCUGGAACUUGAGGUUCUUCCUCGACCCCUCCAAGGGCUCUGGAAAAGUGUCUAAACACAGGGAGCCAUUGAUGAUCCUAGUGUGGGAAUGGCCCUCCAAGCAGGUCCCCAAUGUCAGCAGAGACGUGUGCCAUGAGCUGUACAGCAUCACAGGCUGCCAGCUGACCACAGAGCGGCAGCUCCUGCACCAGGCCCAUGUGGUGGUGUUCCCCCAUUCCAGGCUCCAGCCUGGCCGGGACAAACUACCCAAGGAGAGGCUGCCAGGGCAGAACUGGGUAUGGGUGUCCCUGGAGUCCCCCUCCAACACUAGAGCUCUAGCAGCAUGGAACAAGACCUUCAACUGGGUGAUGACCUACAGACAGGAUUCAGACAUCUUCAUCCCCUAUGGCAAGCUUGUGCCCAACCGGUCAGCCACUGUGAACAUCCCUGCAAAGACCAACUUGGUGUCCUGGGUUAUCAGCAACUACCACAGGACUCAGAAAAGAGCCGAAGUCUACAAAAACCUCUCCAGGUACCUCCAUGUGAAUAUAUAUGGGAAAGCAAACAACAAGCCCCUCUGCAAGGACUGCCUCUUGUCAACAAUAUCCAAGUCCAAGUUCUACCUGGCCUUUGAGAACUCCAUCCACCGGGACUACAUCACAGAGAAACUCUGGAGGAACUCACUGCUGGCCGGCACCGUGCCUGUGGUGCUGGGGCCAUCCAGGGCCAACUAUGAGCAGUUUGUUCCUGCAGACUCCUUCAUCCAUGUAAACGACUUUGGCUCCCUGGAGGAGCUGGCCACUUUCCUGAAGACCAUGAACUCCAGCCGCUACCGGCAGUUCUUUGCCUGGCAGAGGAGGUUCAGUGUGAAACUCUACACUGACUGGAGGGAGCGGAUGUGUGCCAUCUGCACAGCCUACCCCCGCCUGCGCCAUGGCCACCUCUAUCCUGACCUGCAGAGCUGGUUCAACUCCUAG